AUGGCUCCACAGUCCAACGACAAUAAACCACUGUUCCAGAAGGAUGAGAAGGCGCUCUGCUUCCACGGAGAGGUGCUGUAUGAUGCCAAAAUCACAGACGUGAAGAGAACAGAUCCCAAGGAGACGAAAUCCCCCUUUCACUACAAGGUUCAUUACAAAGGCUGGAAGAACACCUGGGACGAUUGGGUUCCCCAAGAUCGUCUUCGGAAACCAACAGAAGAUAACCGAGAGUUGGCAGCGAACCUGCGCCAUCAGGCUACGCUCAAAGCCAAUCCCAAGAUGGCCAGCAAAACCCGCCGAGGUCAAGGGUCAGAGAUUGGAUCUGGCAGAGGGUCCGAGGAGCGCACAUCUUCUGUCCCUGCUGCCGGUGGUAGGGGAUCCAAGCGUGCAAGAGACAAUGAUCUGGAAAAGGUUGGUGGUGAUUCCCCGUCCCACAAGCGUACCCGUACCCGUGUGAAUGAUGCCCGUGAUUCCCGUCACAAUGAAUACCCCCAUAUCGAUAUGAUGUCCUGGGUUACUGGAUUGCCCGACGACGAGCCUGCCCGGGAGUAUGCGUCGAGCUUGAAGCAGGUUCCCCCACCAAACUUGGAUGUCCAGGUUCCCAUUGAAGCCCAAUCUAUCACCACUACUAUUUGCCUGGUUGACAGUGAAACCCUGGACCAAUCAACAACCAUGGAAAAUUUGCGACAGCGACAAAAGGAAUCGAGAGACCGGCACCAUCGUCCUGAUAUGCCUGAAAAACCCGCACCUGGGGCCAAGAAGGCUUCAAAAAAGAAUAAGACACAACCGUCAGCGAAUACGUCCACGUCAAGUGAGUCUGAUACAGAGUCGUCUGAAGAUGAAAGUUCCAGUAUCGACGAUGCAUCAAGCGGUUUGUCAGAGAAAUCAUCACCAGAGCCUGACGCUGUUACACCCUGCAUAAAAGAUACAAAAGUUGUCAGUGGCAGAGGAAAGAUCAAUGUCGGAAAGAAGUCUGAUGUGGGAAAAGAACGACCAAGGGACUCAUCAUCCUCCGAAUGUAGUCCUCUUUCCUCAGUCAGCUCUGACAUCGUGAAUGACCAAGAAGACGAACUGCUCUUCGACACAGAGUCGGAAGACAAGUGUGCGGUCACUGAGGACAACAAUAAGAAAAGUGACAAAAGUGAGGUCACUUCAGUCAGGAGGAGCGUUAGGACCGCAGCGGCAGUUUCUACCGCCAAGUCCAAGUCCAUGAUCAAGUCCAUGUCCACAGCCAUUCCUAAGGGAAACAACGAAACCCGUGUUGCAGAAUCACGGUCUUCCGUGAUCCCAAGGACAGCAAAGCCCACCAACACGAGACCAGAACCCUCCAGAGGGCUCCGGAAUUCUAGGAGCAGCAUGGCGUCCCCCCGACCUCAACAGGCAUUGCGUCCUUGGAAGAUCAAAGACACCACGAACUACACAUCUGCAGACGUGGAUCGCCUCCUUGCACUGGCCGCACCCAAGGAUGAGCCCGAAUUCUUCAGCCAGAGUUCGCUCAGAGAACAUCCGAAGAUGCCAAAGCUGGCACUGAUCGGUGGAACCUCGUACCUCGAAAAGCACGUCAUCGACGAGGAGCUCAGAGACGCGCGCAAGAGAGGAAAGCAGUACAAGCUGGGAUCCCGUGGACCAAAACAGCAACUGCCAAAGCAGUUCGAAGAGCUCCCAUCCGACAUCGAUAGCGAUGGUGAAGAUCACGGGGCUGCCCCUGCAACCAGUGCCCCUGGAGAACCUUUUGAGGUUGAUCCUCCCGGAUCAAACACGCCACUCGAUGCUCUCAAGUUCCCUUAUCGUCUCAUCGAGAAAUUGAACCGUGAUGGAGAUAAAUUCCCUCCAGGGUGGACCGAGGAAAAUCUCAGAUCCAUCCCCAACAGAUGUCUCGUCUGGGCACGUGAAGAACUCCUGGUCAAAAUGCCAUAUAGUGUGCUUGAGAAUCGCCCCCCCUGGGUUCUAAAGGAAGUGCCUGACAACGCACCCUUCUGGGACCAAUUCGAGUGGGAGAACGAGGCGAAUAUCAUAAAUGCCUUCGUUGCGAAAGUCAAGAGACCGCCCGUUGACGACCACCGUCUACGCACCCUUGCCGCCGUGGCUGCCGACCGUGCCUUUGAAGCUGCAACGCAGGCAAGCCGGUCUGCUGACUCCAUCGGCUGUGAUGCCUCUGAAGCUGCCGCGCAAACAACUAGAUCGACUGACACGGUUUUCCUCGACAACUCCAGCAAAAAGGCGUGCAAAAAGUGCAUCAAACUUGGUGUGACGUGCGAUGGGGUGAAGCCGAUCUGCAAUAACUGCAACUUGCAGGGCCGUGAAUGCGACUUUUCAUUCCCGGAGCCCGAGGAUUCCUGUAUGCGACAUGGCAGCAUUCCAGAUCGACAACAGGAGUCUCCGAGCUUGAGUGCCAACAACGUGGAAGGUGCCUUGCGUGCCCGGCUCCCUGCUAACCGACCCAUCACUGGCCUUGAUAUUCUCGCUUUCGCCGCAGAAGUGGUUGAAUCUGGGACAGCUCCUUGCAUUUGA